AUGCCUUACGAACCACCUGAGGGCAGUGUUCUGCCUACCACCACUACUGCCUCAGAUCUCGCCGAUAUUUCUGGCCUGCGCGAUCAGGUCUUCGGUAAGUUUUUGUCAUACCUUUACAUCAACCCACUCACUGACAUUGGUCGUCAUUUGCANGGCAACGCCACUGCUCUGUUCCCCGACAGAAGCCAGAAGAUCGACAUCAUUGUCACUAGCGCCGAGUACCCAGAGAGCGGCUAUUAUGGCGCUCGCCUGGUUGACAUCAACGAGCGCGUUCUGCUUCUCGGCAGACAGUACGCCACGUCUCUCCCUGAGGCGCUUGGCCAGCUGCUGCAGGAGACUUGCGAUGCUAUUCGCGACUCCUACCUCCUCCAGAACUACACCGCACUCUACCCAAGCUUGACCUAG